AGCGCCGUCGCCAUGGCGGGACGUACGGCCGAGAGCGCCGUCGCCAUGGCGACCGGUAAAGACGCGGAGCCGGGCGGAGGAGGCGACGGCGGUGGCGGAGAUGCCGAGCAGUGUCUGUUCGCUGGGCAGCUCGUCCAACGCUUCCUCAGCCAGAUCCCGGUCUCAUUCUCGCACCCGUUACCGGACCAAGGCUGCGAGUUCAGAAGUCGACGAGAGCCUCUUUGGAGUUUCCAAGAAUGUGCAGCUCUCCCAUCCCGGCAGCCCCAUUGUGGUCCUCCAUGAUGUGGGUUCAGCAAGAGGGAAGCCUCUGGGAUGGGGUCGCAAACCCGAGACGAUCCGGCUUAUUACUCGAGACCUCAUUCGGGACCUGGUGGUCCCCACGGUGGAUCCCUCAGGAGAAUCUCUGAUCAUCAGCCCUGAGGAUUUUCGGAGGAUUAAAGAAUCCUCUCGCGUCCUGACGAAGGAGGAGCGCGACAACCAGCAAGCGGCCGCCAGGGCGGAGCGAGAAGCCACCAUUGUGGCGGUGAACGAGCGCAAGAAAUCCAUGAAGCUGAAGGAGAUCCUGCGGAAGAAAAACGAGAAGCUCAACGACCUGGAAGAGGAGGCCAAAGAGCGAGCCCAGUACCUCUUGGAGCGGGCGAACAACCUCCGGAUGGAGCAGGAAGACGAGAUCAAAACGCUGGGAGAGAUUAUCCUCGAAGCCAAGUGCCACGCCAUUCGGGAUGCUCAGAUCCUGGAGAAGAAGCAGAUUGAGAAGGAGAUGGGGGGAGAGGAGAGGAGAGUGGCCCACCUGAUGGAGGUCGAGAGGCAGAAGGCCAACCAGAUGCAGGACGAGCUGGAACGGAAGAGGAAGGAAGAGCUCCACAGGGGGAAGCGCCACCUCAUCGAACAGAUUGAGAAAAACGAGGAAAUGCGAGCGAUGAAGGCAGAGCAACGUGACCAAGAGGCCCAGGACAUGCUGGACUACCUAGAACGGCUGCAGUUUGAAGAUGAGAGGGAAAUGGAACGCCGUAGAUUGGAGCGCUUGAGGAUCCAAGCUGAUAUCCGGAACAUCAACGACGAAAACCAGAGACGCAAAGAAGAGAAGCUGAACCAAGAAAAGAUGGCCGACAUGCGGGUGCUGGAGUACCAGCGGAAGAAAAUGGCACGGGAAGCCGAAUUUGAGGCCGAGCAGGAGAAGAUCCGUAAGGAGAAGGAAAUGGAGACGGCCCGUCUGCGGGCCCUGCAAGAAAAAGCCCAGGAUCACCAAGCCGAACAGCACGCCCUGAGGGCCAAGCGCAACCAGGAGGCCACCGAGCGCGAGUGGCGACGGAAGGAGAAGGACGCCGUGCAGAAGAAGCUGCAGACGGAAGCCAUGUUGAAACAGAGCCGUUUGGAGCAGGUGGCGCAGAAGGAACACAGUUUGGCCGUCCAAGUGCAGCGCGACCGGGCUGAAUUCGAAAGGAUCGUCAGAAUCCAGCGGGAGCAGAUCGAGAAGGAGCGAAAGGAACACGAACGCCGGGUGGCCCUCCAGAUGACCCACGCGGACGAGCUCCGGCGCCAGGUGCGAGAACACCAGCAGAAGCAGGUGCAGGAGCGCAUCGCCAUCUUUGAAGAGGGCAAGCGACUCAAGGAGGAAGCCCGCCGGCGCAGCGAUCGCCUGAACGAGAUCAAGCGGAGGAAGCUGGACGAGCUGCGGGCUGCCGGGCUCCCUGAGAAAUACUGUGUGCAGGUGGAACGCAAAGCUUUCGUUCAGUCCGUCCACUGAGCCGCAGAGAUGCUUUUUCACUAGUUAACUCUCAACGUGUAGC